CUUUACGCAGCCCAGUCGGUGGAGGCGACCGUGCCACCGACAGUAAAUGUCUUCUAGUUAUUUUUGCGCCCCACAUUUUGUGUCUCAAUUCGAAUGACAGUCCUUGAGGGACAGAGACAUCCUUCAUGGAGUGAAAAUCAUCGAAUAAUUGGCUGCAUGGAGGUCGUUGACAGUCCGCUCAAUCUCGCCCAUCAGCAGUGCAGGAAGGCAGAUCGCUUGCUUGCUGCUGGAAAGUAUGAAGAGGCGAUUUCUUGCCAUGGGAAAGCAGCGGAACUUCUGACAGAAGCGAUGAAGACAACAGACUGUAAGCAGGCUCGUGUGUCCAUGGAGUUGCAGAGGGACAGUCAUAUUAAACAGCAGCAUCUCAUCCAAGAGCGCUGGAAGAGGGAAACCCGACGGGAGGCCACAAAAGCUCGACCUGUUACUGUCCCGACAUCCAACAGCCCGGCUCUCCUCCCACAAUCCCAGUCAGCGGAUGAGCAUCAGCCCCACAACUCAGCUGUAGCGUGUGGAGGAGGUAGCGACAGAGAAUACGACACUCUACUCUACCAGCUUCAGACUCGACAAACAGGAAACCUCCAAUCUUUGACGCCCUGUCCUGGCUCGAAGACCACAAAAGAUGAUAAAACUCGCCUGGAAGAACAACAGACCACCAUCGAAGACUUGAGGCGCCUGGUCAACCAUUUGAUGGACGAGAACCAGCGGCUGACCUCUGAGAACAAGAGGCUACAAUCCGAAAACACCCGCAUGAGGGCGGAGGGCGCAGACUUUGUGGAGCGCUCCGAGCUCUGGGUGCUCCCUCAAGCCGGGGGCGCCAUGGCGACGGGGGGCAGCCAAGAGAGAAAAAGUACAGGAAAUAGAAAGGAGAUUGCGAUCCCUCAGCUACCCCCGCUGGAGAUGCCUGUUCAGGAGGACCUGUGUUUGGAUGACCUGCCUCCUCUGGAGCUGCCGACGGACAUCCAGAAUGAACUGGAGGAGCUGCUGGACAAAGAUAAACUGUGAUAGAAACCUUGUUGAACAAAUCCUUGUUGUCCUCUACGUCUGCUCCACAUUCAACAGGCGACAAAGAAAAGUGUACAAGUUGAAUGGAAUCAUGACAGGUUCUACCACUAAUAUGCAGCAGAAGCUUCCUAGAGAAGAACCACAAACACCAGUGUGAUGUUCAGUGAGAUCUGCAUCAGCCUUCAGGUAUACCACUGAUCAUAACUCCAUGUCUAUUUUAUGGUGGCCAUUAAUGCACACACACUGACCGUCAGUACACCAGCUUGGCCGGGAGCCAUGUUCCCCCAACAUACCUCAGGAUAUUUACCGCUACCUUUCAAUCUUUUUUUGCUCUACCUUGGUUAACUAAAGGAAGACAACAGGAGCACACCCCAUGCAUCCGUGUGAGGAGAUCUACAACCAAUAAAAUAUGGAAUUGAACCUGAUAAA